AUGGUUCUGAUCUCACCCCACGCCAUGCAAGCCACCCGGGCGUCCACCACCGUCAGUGUGUUUGCGGACUGCAGCGUCCCGGCCGGGCUCCGGAUAGGACCGGUACCGGGCGUCUUCAAACUCGGGAAGUACGUGUCGGACCGCAAGGAAGUUGGACCUAAAAAGAAGAUCCGCUUGGUGCGGGGGGAGUUCGUGGAUGAGUCGGGCUGUCCCGUGCCAGACUGGAUCGGACUGAUCCGCGCUGCCAGGAGCAGCCAAGAGCAGAACCUGGAGGCUGUGUCGGAUUUACCUGGCGGACAGAUUUUCUACCGCGUGCUGAGAGAAAUCCCCGCAGGAGAGGAGCUCAGUGUUUGGUACUCCAACGCUCUGGCCCAGUGGUACGACAUCCCCACCACGGCCACUCCAACGCACGACGAGAAAGGUGAGGAGCGCUACAUCUGCUGGUACUGCUGGAGGAUCUUCAAGUAUCCGAACACGCUCAAGGCCCACGUCCACUUCCACUGCGCCCUGAGCAACGGUCGGGGGUUUGUGACCAGCGAGCAGGCCAGGGGCACGGAGACCUUCAGCAGGUCGCCGAAGUCCGGAGACAUCCCGAAUACUUCCACCUCUCCGAGGAGCGGCCACAGUAACUCCUCCAUAUCAGACUCUGGCAGGCGGGCGGUGUCCUCCUCGUCGUUCCCACACAAAGCGGGACUGUCAAAGAAAAGAAGCUCAGAGGAGCAGGACAGGGCCCUCGACAUGAGCGUUACCUCAGCCAGAAACCAAGGACACAUCCUCGGCUUCGGCGCUACAUCCUCCGUCCUUAGCAGCAUGGGCUUCCAUCCGGGUGUGCGCUCGGCCUUCAAACCCACCGGCGUCUCCAAAGUGCCGGGCGCGGACGCCUCCAGAGAGGACGCAAACGGGAAGCUGGGCGCCCUGGGUUUCAGCAAACUCAUCGGCAACAUGAAACCGAUGCGCAACGUCAGCGAGACUCUGAACGGAGGAGGAGGAGGAGGAGGAGGAGGAGGAGGAGGAGGAGGAGGAGGAGGAGGAGGAGGAGGAGGGAGCCACCCUCCCAAGUGCGCACCUGCAAUCAUGGACUCCGCAUCUCCAAUGGUGCCAUGCACGAACGCAAUCCGAGGUUUCCCGUUGCUGCCUCACAUGGAGGAGACCUCGGCUUUUAAGCACGUAGAGAGUCGGAUGCACUCCGGCCUGUCCCCGUCCCGCUACCCCCAGAUGCCCCCCGGACUCCACUUUGAGCGGUUCUCCCUCCCUCACUUCGACGGUGUCAAGACCUAUGGCGGAGACUGUAACAUCCCACUCAUGCCCCUCACUGUCUAUAACGGGGAGCUUCUGUACAGCUCGCCGUACUACCCGCUGAAAUUCCACUUCAGCAACCUCCUCAAGUACCCGGAGUCCAUGUCCUACUUCGGGGCGCCCUCGCUGAACCACGACCUGGGCUCAAUCACCAACAUCGACCGGGAGAUCGCCAUGCACACGCAGCAGCUGUCCGAGAUCACCGCGGAGAAGAACCGGACGAGGCUGGACUCGAUGCCCACCGGGAGCGCCAGCAACGCCGGCUCUGGCAAACCGAAAAAGGGACACCUGUGUCUGUACUGCGGCAAGCUGUACUCGAGGAAGUACGGUCUGAAAAUCCACAUGAGGACUCACACGGGUUACAAGCCGCUCAAGUGCAAAGUGUGCUUCCGGCCGUUUGGCGACCCCAGCAACCUGAACAAGCACAUCCGGCUCCACGCGGAGGGGAACACGCCGUACAGGUGCGAAUUCUGCGGCAAGGUGCUGGUGCGGAGACGGGACCUGGAGAGGCACGUCAAGUCCAGGCACCCCGGGCAGACCGUCAAGAAAUUGGAAGAGAAAGCGGGCGGCCUGUUCGAGGACGCGGAGCAAAAGAGCGACAAUGACAGUGACGUGGACGUGUGCUUCACCGACGACCAGAGCGACCAAGAGUCGAGCAAAAAUAAUGACUGA